AUGACCAGUGACAACCUGGGUUUCUCGCACAGCGCUUUCACAACCAACCAACCCUCUAUUUCUAGCUACUCGGACCGCCACCGCACAAACAUUCCGUCCAUCAACACUGGCCGUAUGUCCAACAUGGCCUCCCAAGCUGAACAGACUCCUGGCACUGCUCUCGACAUGAACUACACUCCUCUUCUCCCCUCGAAUCUUCUGAUUGGCAGCCCCUUCCAACCUCAAUCGCCCUCUGCUUUCGCUUCUCCUGGUUUCCAGAGCUUCUCUAGCUUUCCUCCGCAGCCUCAGCGCCAACAGCAGCAGCACAACCAGUAUCAGCAGCAACAGAACCCUGCCAUGUCUCCUCCCAUGUACGCUGGCAUGAUGUCGCCUCCUCAGAUGCACGCCCAGAUGUACCAGGGUCCUCAGUCCCCCACUCUUGGCUACAACCCUCUGAACAACCAAUCGCUCAACGGCUUGUCUACUGCUCCUCUGGGUAUCGCUCCUGGCUUAAUGUCGAGCUCUAGCAGGACCGUCUACCUGGGCAACAUCCCCUCGGACACAUCUGCAGAAGAGAUUCUCAGCCAUGUGCGCAGCGGGCAGAUUGAGUCGGUCCGUCUUCUUCCCGACAAGAACUGUGCCUUCAUCUCCUUCCUCGACGGCAGCUCAGCUACACACUUCCACUCGGAUGCCAUUCUGAAAAAGCUGUGCAUCAAGGGCCAGGAUAUCAAGAUUGGCUGGGGCAAGCCUUCAUCGGUCCCUACGUCAGUCGCUCUUGCCGUACAGCAGUCGGGCGCAUCCCGCAACGUCUAUCUUGGUAACCUGCCCGAGGAAGUUUCCGAGGACGAGCUCAGAGAGGAUCUGGCCAAGUACGGUCCCAUUGACACUGUCAAGAUCGUUAGAGAGAAGGCUAUUGGAUUCGUUCACUUCCUGUCAAUUGGCAACGCUAUCAAGGCUGUUUCUCAGCUUCCCCAGGAGUCCAAGUGGCAGCCUCCGCGUCGUGUUUACUACGGUAAGGAUCGUUGCGCUUAUGUUUCCAAGACACAACAGCAGAACGCCGCUCAGUACCUCGGAAUCGCCCCUGGUUACGCACACGUGUUGAACAACGCCGACCGUGAUCUUAUCUCGAACGCUUUGGCCCAGCAAUCUGUGGCUGCCGCUGCCGUCGCUACUACUGCUGGUGGCGUAAACAACCUGGGCAACCGCACGGUCUACUUGGGCAACAUCCACCCCGAGACCACCAUUGAGGAGAUUUGCAAUGUUGUCAGAGGUGGUCUUCUGCACCAUAUUCGCUACAUUCCCGACAAGCACAUUUGCUUCGUCACUUUCAUCGACCCUACUUCUGCUGCUUCCUUCUUUGCUCUCUCCAACUUGCAAGGCCUGAUGAUCCACAACAGACGUCUGAAGAUCGGCUGGGGCAAGCACUCCGGCGCGCUCCCUCCUGCUAUUGCUCUCGCUGUCAGUGGCGGUGCUUCGCGCAAUGUUUACAUUGGCAACCUUGACGAAACCUGGACCGAGGAGCGUCUUCGUCAAGACUUCUCCGAGUAUGGCGAAAUCGAGCUGGUCAACACUCUGCGUGAGAAGAGCUGCGCCUUUGUCAACUUCACAAACAUCGCCAAUGCCAUCAAGGCUAUUGAGGCUGUUCGCAGCAAGGACGAGUACAAGCGUUUCAAGGUCAACUUUGGCAAGGAUCGCUGUGGAAACCCUCCUCGUCAGGCAGUCGCAAACGGCCAGGGACAAUCUCAGCAAGAAGGCACACAAUCGCCCAGCCCUGUCAGUGGCAUGCGUGGCCAGAACUCCAUUUCUCCUAGCGCAGGCGCAUCGAACAACUAUAACCCUCUUCAGGGACCCACCGCUUCGACCAUCCUCAACGCUGGAGCCAACAACCCUCUGGCCAUGUACCUCGCUGCUGCAUCGCAAGUUCAAUCUCAGCCUUCAUCUUCGCCGAACGAGAUUAGCCCUCAGUUCACACAGUUGAGUCUGUCACAACCCCAGCAACAGCAGCAACAGCAACAGAUGACCACCCAGCAAGCCUUCUACAGCGGAGACUCCAACAUGCCCACACGAUCCACCGCACUCGAGGCGCCUUCACACUUUGGUCACCACGCCACUCACUCCGUAAACUUGAGCAAUGGUCUCUCGAACGGUUUCGGUGGCGGUAGUGGUGGUAACGGCAUGCAUGCCAGCCAGAACAGCGCCGCAAGAGGACAGCAUUCUCGCACCGUCAGCUUGCCUGUUUUCUCCCAGCCUCAGCCUCAGCACAUUCACCAACAGACCUUUGCCGGUCUAGGUGCAGGUAUUGGUGGAUUUGGCAACAGCAACCCAUACGGCUUGGCCAUUUCUGCUGAGCGUGGUCUGCCUGGCUGGGAAGAGGAAGAGCCUGCCAUUUGA